GUUGAAAUCAGUUCCACCACGACUCUCGGUUGGACUGGGACUGUCACUUCGACCUAUACUACUGAACUAACCACCUUCACCGGCUCAGACGGUAUCCCAACCACUGAGACCAUCUACUAUGUAGAGACCCCAGUUGUUGGAAUCAAUUCCACGACCAUUACAGGCUGGACUGGAUCUGUCACCUCAACCUACUCCACCGAGUUGACCACCUUCACUGGAUCUGACGGUAUUGCAACAACCGAAACCAUCUACUAUGUCGAGACCCCAGUUGUUGGAAUCAAUUCCACGACCAUUACAGGCUGGACUGGAUCUGUCACCUCAACCUACUCCACCGAGUUGACCACCUUCACUGGAUCUGACGGUAUUGCAACAACCGAAACCAUCUACUAUGUCGAGACCCCAGUUGUUGGAAUCAAUUCCACGACCAUUACAGGCUGGACUGGAUCUGUCACCUCAACCUACUCCACCGAGUUGACCACCUUCACUGGAUCUGACGGUAUUGCAACAACCGAGACCAUCUACUAUGUCGAGACUCCCGUUGUUGGAAUCGAGUCCACCAUCACUACCGGCUGGACUGGUUCUUCAACCAUGACGUACUCAACCAAGUUUGAGGUUUUCACCCUCCAAGGUACGGAAUACACCAGCAGCAUUUACUAUGUUCAGACACCUGAGAAUGUGAUCUUGUCCACAUCUUACACUCCAUGGACUGGUUCUGUCGCUUCGACCUUCUCAACCGAUGUGUCUACCUUCACAGGCUCCGACGGUAAUCCAACUACUGAGACCAUCUACUACGUUGAGACACCUGAGAAUGUGAUCUUGUCCACAUCUUACACUCCAUGGACUGGUUCUGUCGCUUCGACCUUCUCAACCGAUGUGUCUACCUUCACAGGCUCCGACGGUAAUCCAACUACUGAGACCAUCUACUACGUUGAGACACCUGAGAAUGUGAUCUUGUCCACAUCUUACACUCCAUGGAUGGGCUCUUUCACGUCGACGUUUUCUACUGACCUCUUUACAUUCACCGGAUCCGACGGUGUUCCGACAACUGAAUCAAUUCUAUACGUGGAGACUCCUAGGUCAGGGUAUUACUCAAACACAACGUCUAGUACCAGUCAAUCGAAGACUCAGACACUAACUAGCCAAGAAGAUACAAGUGUGGCUCCUUCGAGUACUAUAUCAACUUCCACACCACUCUCAUCCCAGAGUAGCGCUACUGCUACCCAGCAGUCUUCGAGCUUUGUGAGCUCUGCCAGCUCGCUUUCUUCCACACCACUCUCAUCCCAGAGUAGCGCCGCUGCUACCCAGCAGUCUUCGAGCUCUGUGAGCUCUGCCAGCUCGCUUUCUUCCACACCACUCUCAUCCCAGAGUAGCGCCGCUGCUAACCAGCAGUCUUCGAGCUCUGUGAGCUCAUUCGGCUCUAUCUCUUCCACACCUCUCUCACCUAUCAGCACACUAGUUAAAACUUCCUCGAACUCUGGCCAACAAAUAUCGAGCAUGACUUCUAUUUCACCCAAUACAGGUUCUGCCACGCAUACAACGACGGCUGAAUCAAAUAGCGCCACCAAGUUUACUAGUGUGAGCAGUGGUGGGUCUGUGUUAUCAUCCAACCAUGAGACGAAGCAAACAUCCAUUCAAUCUUCACUCACAGGAUCAUCUAGUGGUACUCCAUUGUCUAGUUCUCACAGUACUAUUAGUACAGUUUCAGACCACUCAGCGACAUCAUCUACUGAAGCGGAAACCAGCCCGGGCAAUGGUGGCAGUAGCAUCAAGUCAAGUAUCGAUAACAAUUCUGAAAAUGCUAGUACUAGACCUUACGCAACAAGCCCCAGCAACGGAAGCGGCUUCAUUAGCAGCCAAUCUACCGCUCGUUCUGAACCCAGCAGUUCUAUGAACAUUUCACCUUCUUCAUACUCUUCCACCAGCAACACAGCGAGAGCUGGUAACCCUUCAAGUACGGGUGAACUUUCUAGCGUUACAGAUGCUAGAAGCUCCGAAAACUCUGGCACUUACCCAUCGACAAAGGUCAUGAGUACCUCACAGCCUAUCGAAGCUGCAAGCAGCGUCGUGAUGAGCACCUCAACAGCUAGAGGGUCUAGCAAUGGCUCUGAAGUCAGGACAACCACAAUAUCUCCAACUUCUUCUUUGACUCAAUCUUCCAAUCUUUCCGGUAGCUCAGCCUCUGGUACACAGGCCUCAGUUUCUACUUAUCAGGGCGCGGCCAACAGGCUAGGCUUUGGAUUUCUACUGGCGUUGCCGUUGGCUUUGAUUUGA